CGCCCCCGGUUUUGGGUUCGUCCCGUGGUUUGUUGGUCUGUGCAGGGGUCCUUCGAAUCGCCGCAUCGCACAACAUCGCAUAACAUUUCAUAACACAGAAUCGCACAUUCGUACCGCGAGCCCAACAUGUCCAACAAAGAAGCGGUCGUGCUGGUUCUGGACGCCGGCCAGAGCAUGGGCGUCGGUCUUUUCACCGAUCCGGGGAACGAUCCUCCGGCACGGGCGCCAAGGACCCGGUUCGACUGCGCAAAAGAGGCGGGCAUGGCGAUCCUUAGCGACCUCAUGGUCCGAUCGAAAACAAACGAAGCCACCGUGGUGGUCUUGCACACCGAGCGAACGAACAACUUCUUCUUUCGCGAGGACGAGGGGGACGGAGGGGAGGAACAUUCUUCCUCCGCGCAUUGCCCCUUUCCCAACAUUACGGAGUUUUCCGGAAACGGGGAGGUCAUGGGAAUCCGGCAGCCCCUCCCGGGCCUCCUCAGGAGAAUCCACGGCCUGAAACCUGGUAGUAUAGCCUGUGGCAGCGGAAGGGGCGACUUCGAAAGCGGGCUGGUCUACGCCGCGGACGCCCUCUACCGUAGAACGGAAGGAAAACGAUACCGGCGGAGGAUCGUUCUGGUGACGGACGCCGAGCACAGGAUUGGAAGCACGGAAGAGCGUCCCCGGCAGCUCCUGGUGGCGCUGGAGGGCCUCCGGGCCAUGGACUGCUCGAUCCAGGUGGUGGGGAUGGAUUUUGUGAAGGGUGCCGACUUUGGCGUUCGCCUGGAGGGGCCUUCCGAGAUCGAGCGGGAGCCGGCGGACGACGCCGCGAUCGGUGGCGAUGGCAGCGGCGGGGAAGGGACUGAUGACGACGAGGACGAGGACGACGACGAGGACGACGACGAGGACGACGACGAGGACGACGACUGCACACCCGGGAUCAAGCGAGCAAAUGAGGAAUACCUGCUCCGAAUUGCACACGCUACGGGUGGGUUCGUCUAUGCAUCGAGGGACUUCGAGGGGACGCUCGCAAAGGUCCUGGGGCCGCGGGCCGCACAGAAUCCCACCAAGCGGAAACUCAUCGUGGAACUCGCCCCCAGCCUGGUCCUGGAGGAUGCGCGCUACUACAAGCUUCUUACCAAGACGGGGAGUCUCCCGCUGACCAAGAAGCUGGCCGAGGUGGACGAUCGCAACGCACCGAGGAAAAACGCCGAGGGGAGGGAGAUGCUCCAGGACUACGAAACCAUCACUACGCACUGGAACGCCGAGGACGAGAACGAAGAACUCCAGAGGGACCGGACCUCUUACGCCUACAGGUUUGGGAGCGACCUGCUGCCCUUUUCUCCCCUCGACGAGGCCGGGCUCAUCCAGCGGUCGCCCGUCAAGCUUACCGUUCUGGGGUACAAGACCGAGGAAAGCGUCCCGGAGUACCUGAGGGUCGGCCCCCCCUACGUUCUCUCCGGAGAUGAAUCGCGGCGGUGCUGUGCCGCCAUCUCGGCCCUGGCAAGGGCCCUCCACCGCACCAAACAAGUGGCCGUCGCCACCUUUGUCAAGGGAGUCGAUAAAGACCCGAUCCUGUGUGGAUUGUUCCCGUUGCUAGAACCCCAGAGCGAUAGCACCGCAGAGCCCCUCCGAUUGGUCAUUCUCCAGCUGCCCUUUGCGGGCGACGUUCGGUAUCCCAUCCUCGAGGACCCGGCCGAUAUAGAGGACGGCCACGAUCCGGACGCCGCGGCGGAGGCCUGCUGCGACGACCUCAUCGAUUCCAUGAUGCUGCCGGGGGAUGCCCUGGACUACCGGCGGAUUCCGGACCAUAGGGUUCGCUCCUUCUACAAGACCGUGGUCGGCCGGGUCUUGGACAAAAAUUCUCCCGUCGUGCCGACUCGCACCGAUCCCUCGACGGGAGUCGAUUCCAUCGACACACCCCCGGGGGUAAUUGCAAGGGCUCGGCCCGCCGUCGAGGCCUUUUACGAGCGGUUUCGCCUGUCGAGAGCAGCACCGGAUGAACCGUGAGCCGUGUUCUUCACGCACGG